ACUCCAAAGCCCGGGCUCUUUCCACUGAGCCACGCUGCUUCCCCAGCAUCCUAUAAGACACUCUUGCAAUCAGACUGGGGAAGAGGAAAGCGGGGAUUUAGUUAGGGAAGGCUUCUUGGAGGAGAUGGGCCUUCAGCAAGGCUUUGAAGGAGGGAGAGUGAUGGUCAGAUAUGAGGAGGGAGGAUGUUCCACGCAAGAGGUCGGAUGGCGAAGACAAGACUGAGUUACGGGAGCAGGCCCAACUGAAGGCCGGCGUUGUGGACCGGGACACCGAGGCCUGGCAGGGGGAACCGGACUUCUCGGGCCUGCUUCGGGUCGGAGGGGUGGACCUGUCCUUCGUCAAGGGCGACGGCGUCAGCGCCUGUGCAUCCCUGGUGGUCCUCAGCUACCCGGAACUGGAGGUGGUGUACGAGGAAUGCCGCAUGGUCCGCCUGACCGCGCCCUACGUGUCCGGCUUCCUGGCCUUCCGAGAGGCCCCCUUCCUGGCGGAUGCCGUGCAGAGGCUGCGGGAGGAGGAGCCGAGCCUCACGCCUCAGGUCCUCUUCGUCGAUGGGAACGGGCUGCUACAUCACCGAGGAUUUGGGGUGGCCUGCCAUCUUGGCGUCCUCACGGGCCUUCCCUGCGUGGGGGUGGCCAAGAAGCUCCUGCAGGUGGAUGGGCUGGAAAAUGACGAGCUGCACAAGGAGAAGAUCCGAGAGCUGAGGAUGGGGGGAGACACGUUCCCUCUGCUUGGAGACUCCGGGAUGGUCCUGGGCAUGGCCCUGAAGAGCCACGAGCGGAGCACCAACCCCGUGUACGUAUCCGUGGGCCACAAGACCAGCCUGGACACAGCCGUGCGCCUGACGCAGGCCUGCUGUCGCUACCGCGUCCCGGAGCCCAUCCGCCAGGCGGACAUCCGCUCUCGAGAAUACAUCCGCAAGACCCUCGGAGCGCCCAGUCCACAGCCCGGAGGGUGUGACAGGAGUCGAGGGGAGGCGGAGAGCGGAGAUCAGCCCGGCACUGACCCCCAAGAAUGGCCCUGACAACCCCCAGCCCAAUCCUGGGGACUCGCAGAGAGAGAGAGAGCCGGGUGAAUCGGGAGAGGGCUCUGCUCUCGGCCCGGCCCCCACACGGCCGAUCCCGGACACCGGGACGCUUGGGGGACUCCCUCUUCUCCAGUGGGGCCGGGUGAAGUAGGAUGGCAGGAACGCCGGUCGCCCCAAGAAGGUCCGACGGCGACGCCGACAGCCCCCCGCAGAGGUGAAACCGGGGGUGCCGACUGCAGCCGGUGCGGCCCAUCGCUCCCAGAAGCCUCUGCGAACAGGCCGGACGCACGGCCCCCGGAGCGGGCUCGGCCUCAACUCGUGGCCACAGCCCUGGGCCCAGGGCAGACCCCGGCCACCGCUCACCAUCCACCCUGAGGCAGCCCACGGAUGAACACGAGGGUCACCCCGGCUCUGGCCGGGAAAUCCCUGCCAGCCCCGGCUAUAACCAGGGCUCCCGGCUCUUUGGCUUUUUCACUUGACCAGAAAAUGGCAAGAAAAUACCUCAGGCCUUUCCGAAACCUCGGCCUGUUUUUCACUCCCCGGUCCUGGGCUGGUCCGUGCCCUCUGGCCAGGCCCCGCGGCCGUCUCCCUGCCCUGGCCGGCUUCUCGCUCUGCCCGGCCUGGCUCCCUCCGGAGCU